AUGGACGCCUCCUCCCUCCGCAUCUCCAAGUUCGAUGGAACUAACUUCCACGCCUGGAAGUUCAAGAUGCAGAUGGUGCUGGAGGAACGGGACCUAUGGGAGGUCGUCAGCGGUGAGAUCAAGGCGGAACAGUGCGAGACUCAGUUGGACCAAGCGACGUACAAGAGGAAGUCAAGAAAGGCGAUGGCAGUGAUCUGUCUAGCCAUGGAAGAUUCCCAGCUACCGUUGGUCCGGUCGGCAAGUGGUGCAUGCGACGCAUGGUCAAGGUUGGAAGACCACUUCGAGAAGAAGAGUCUUGCCAACAAGCUGUUCUUGCGCCGUCGCUUCUUCACGACAAUGAUGGAAGAAGGCGACGAUGUACUCGAACACAUCAACAAGCUCAAGACGCUGGCGGAACAGCUAGAAGCGGUGGGGGCUCCAGUCUGCGAGGACGAUCUGGUGAUCACACUCCUCGGCAGCCUGAGUGACUCGUAUCAAUUCUUGAUCACAGCUUUGGAGUCGCGCUCAGACACUCUUAGCUGGGAGCUCGUGACGUCUCGACUGCUUCAUGAAGAAAUGAAGCGGAAGGAGCAAGGAAGUAAAGGUGAUGAAGCUUCGCAAGGUCAAGCGUUCAUCACAAGGGACAAUCAGCGCAAAGGGCGACCAGUGAAGAAGUCCUGGCCGUGCCACAAUUGCGGAAAGAUUGGUCACUGGAUGGCGGAGUGCCCCUCGCGCAUCCAAGAAAACACGGAGAGACACCGGCCACAGCGUGCUCAAGACAGCGGCGACCGCUAUCGAUCACAACGUGCAAACGUCGCUCAAGAAGAAGACUCGGGCGACUACCUCUUUUCGAUCGGUGAAACGACAUCUGCGAAAUCGAGCGACAUCUGGCUGGUCGACUCCGGGGCGACGCAGCACAUGACGUGCUCCAAGAAGUUCAUGCGGAACUACAAGGGGUUUGACGCUGUGGAUGUCCAUCUCGCGGAUGAUGGAAUCGUCCAAGCAAUCGGCAGUGGGGACAUUGUCAUGUCGAUGAAGACACCCCAAGGGAUGAAGAAAGGUGUGCUCACAAACGCGUGGCACAUCCCAAAGUUAUCCAGAAACCUGUUCUCGGUCGGCCGCUUCACCAAGGAUGUCGGUCCAGUGACGUUCACGAAGGAUGGGUGCUAUGGAGAAGCGAAAGGGACCAAGUGGAAAAUUGGUGCCCGUGAAGGUAAAGGACUGUUCAAGCCGCAAAUGACUCCAGUGGCGCCGGAACAAGCAAAUGCAGCCAAGUCGUCGGGAUGUCAAGGGGGCACCAAGUCGUACCUCUGGCACCUUCGGCUUGGCCACAUAGGUCACGAUGGACUCAAUUGCAUCGUGACGAAGAACAUUGGAAUUGGCAUCGACAUAUCUUCGGUGAAGAAGUGGGACGUGUGUGAAGGUUGUGCUCUGGGAAAACAGACUCGAGUGCGCUUCCAAUCAAACACUACAGCCCGCACCUCCAAACUCCUCGAAGUGAUUCACAGCGACGUAUGCGGACCGAUGUCGAUGGCAACUUUCAGUGGAAAACGGUACUUCGUGACAUUCAUUGAUGACAAGUCAAGAUACUGUGUCGUCUAUCUGCUCAAGAGCAAAUCUGAAGUUGUGGCGAAGUUCAUGGAAUACGCUGCGAUGGCCGAAACGCAAACCGGAAAGCGCGUGAAGUACCUUCAAAGCGACAAUGGGGGUGAAUACAAGUCCGACAAGCUGGCACGAUUCUGCGCGGAACGGGGAAUACAACAAAGGUUCACACCCCCAUAUACUCCUCAGCUAAACGGAGUAGCUGAGAGAAUGAAUCGCACGCUGGUCGAGUGUGCGCGUUGCAUGAUGGAACACGCUGGACUGGGAAAGAGCUACUGGGGUGAAGCAGUGAUGACGGCGAUGUUUCUUCGAAACCGCUGUCCAACACGUGCCAUUCACCAAGACAAGUCUCCAUAUCAAGUGUGGACGAUGAAGAAACCGAUUCUGGCCAACCUUAAAGUGUUUGGAUGCCACGCGUAUGUUCAAGUGCCUCAAGACAAACGCGCGAAGUUCGACUCCAAGUCAUCACUCUGUCGUUUCCUGGGAUACGCCGAACACCAGAAGUCAUAUCGAUUUGAGGAAGUGUCAACAGGAGCGAUCAAGAUCAGUCGCGAUGCCACAUUCAUGGAAGACAAGUUUGAUGAAGGUCCGCGCAACUACAACGAUGAGUCAAGUGUCGUUGAGUUUGAUGAUCAAGACGAGGACGAAGAAAAAGAAGAAGGUAAAACUGACGACGACAUGGACUCGAGCGACGAUGACAACGAAGACACCAGGUCUUCGAAGAGCAACAUCAAGAGACACACGCGCACUCAAUCACUUGAGAAAGCUACCGUCAUUCCAAGUCCCAAGCGAAGAACAUACAGAGGUCCGUCGCUUGAGCAUGUGUCAGCGGCUGCAAUGGAUUUUGAAGCAGCCUACAUCGUUGAUUCAGUGGGGGAAACGCCGACUACAUUCAAGUCGGCGAUGGAAUCAAGCGACUCCGGCAAGUGGAAAGAAGCGUGUGACUCGGAGUUCGAUUCGCUUCAGAGAAACGACACGUGGGAAAUCGUGCCUCUUCCGAAAGGUCGCAAGGCCAUCGGGUGCCGAUGGGUUUUUCGUGUAAAGGAGAAUCAAGAUGGCGAAGUUGAACGUUUCAAGGCAAGACUUGUGGCCAAAGGAUUCUCACAGAAAUUCGGAGUUGACUAUGAAGAAACUUUCGCACCGGUGGCCAAGUUCACAUCGAUUCGUGUGGUGCUCAGUAUGGCGGCCAAGUACGGCCUAAUGCUACAUCAGAUGGACGUCAAGACAGCGUUUCUUAACGGCUCCCUCAACGAAGACAUCUACAUGGACCAGCCGGACGGAUACCUGGAUGCAACACAGCCGGACUAUAUGGGAUUCAAGAAGUGCGAAUCGGACCACUGCAUCUACAUCAAGCGAGACGACCAAGACAUGAUUCUCGUGGUGAUCUACGUCGAUGAUCUCAUCCUGGCCAGCAGCAACAACGAACUCCUCAAGUCAACCAAGAUGGCGCUGAGCAAACGCUUCGAAAUGACGGAUCUCGGUGAGCUCGAUUACUUUCUCGGCAUGGAGAUCAAGAACGACCGUAAGACGGGAAUGGUGACUGUACAACAAACCAAGUUUCUCAAGUCCGUGUUAACCAAGUUCGGAAUGGAUAACAGCAAGCCAGUGAAGACGCCUCAAGAUCCCGGCCUGAAGCUAACCAAGAACAUGUGUGAACAAGAAUGCAAGCACGAAGACACCAUGUGCAACGUGCCAUAUCGAAGUGCUGUCGGAGGCAUCAUGUAUCUCAUGGUCGCCACACGUCCGGAUCUAGCUGCUGCAGUGGGAUCAUUAUCCCAGUUCUCGUCCGACCCAUGCCCGACUCACUGGCAAGCUUUGAAGCGUGUGCUGAGAUACCUGCAAGCAACGCCCAAUCAUGGUCUUGAGUUUACACGUGAAGAAGGAAGCCGUAUCUGCGGGUACACCGACGCAGACUGGGCCGGCGACAUUGAGUCAAGACGAAGUACAAGCGGAUAUGUGUUCAUGAUGAGCGGAGGAUGCAUCAGCUGGAAAAGCCAGAAACAACGGACGGUCGCGCUAUCUUCAACAGAAGCAGAAUACAUGGCGCUUUCCGAAGCAACCAAAGAAGCAGUAUGGCUCAAAGUGCUUUUGGGGGAACUUGGUGAGAUGACAAGCGACGAAGCGAUCAAGAUGUAUGAAGACAACCAAGGAUCAAUCGCUCUCGCCAAGAACCCGGAGUUCCAUAAGAGAACAAAACACAUCGACAUACGCUACCAUUUUGUGCGUGAGAAGGUGGAAUCAGGUGAAGUCGUUUUGGAGUAUUGCCCGACUCAAGAUAUGCUGGCAGACAUGAUGACCAAGCCGAUCGCCGCUGUACAAUUUGAAAACAUUCGCGAUCGACUUGGGAUCCAAGGUGCCGCAGCUAACGAGUCGAGAGGGAGUGUUGAAAAGACAGCGGCUGUGAAGAAGACACCUCGUCAAGCUGCGUCAAGUGUUGAAGCAAGUGGAAGACCAAGCUUCGCUAUACCGGUGGGUACCGGUAUGUACCAGUAA